GCUUCCACCUACACCACUUUCAGCAAUCUAAUCUCAAAUCAUAUGCGCAUCGAUACAACGAAUGAUGUUUACCUUUCCCCACUAAACCAAUCUUCUUUCCAAAGCAUUUUUUGUCUGCUUUUUCACUCUAAAUAUCAUGGAAUAACUUCUCUCAUAUUCUUUCUUUCUUCCCAUUUUUUGCACUGAUAAUGGCUUUUUCUGUCUUCUUCUCAGAUUUUGCAGUUUCUUUGUAAGAACGCCUCAACCCCAAUCUGUGGGCUUUAUUUACUAGUACCAAAGAUCAUGAAACCGAACGAACCUCUCUGGUUCUUCUGCUUUUUAAAGUUUUCUUUUGGAACCAGAAUAUAUCCCUGGUAGCUAAACAGAAUGCUUGCUUUUCUCGGUACUCAAGGCUUUUCCUUCCUACUCUUCUUCUAUUCUCCUUCUUGAUUGUUCAGUUUGAGUGGCAGUCUGCCAAACGUUGGCUCAAAAAGAAAAAGAGCAAGUACCCUGUUUUUCGAGAAAUUAAUUAUGCUUUAGAUGGUCAAAAGGCCAGGUUUCUUCUAUUCUUGGGAAGGCCAGCACUAGUUAUGAUUCUCAGUGGCCGAAACAAAGGGAGAAAGGUUGGAUUCUGACGAUGAGGAGGAGGCAAACAAUCACUCUCCCUCUAGCCUGAAUUUCUCAUCGCUGUCGCCAGGAUGGUGUUGGAUUUAUUGGUAAUCGGAUGUCAAUAAUUCACCUUCCAAAUUCUGAUUUCCUAGAUACUAGAGAUCCUCACUUGUGUCAUAUUGCAAUUAGGCCCCUCAACAAUCCCAGAAUGGCCACGCACCCACUUCUUCUCUCCCUUUUCUGGGUCUUGUUUUCUACUCUUUUCCCGCCUUCUUUGUCCCUCACCGUUGAAACCCAAGCCCUUCUUGACUUCAAAAACAAGCUCAAAGACCCUUUGAACGUUUUAGAUUCCUGGAAAGAAUCAGAGUCUCCGUGCAGAUUCUUUGGAGUUAGUUGUGAUCCAGUUUCAGGCAAGGUGACAGAGAUUUCUCUUGGUAACAAAUCCCUGUCGGGCGAAGUUUCCCCUUCCAUUUCAGUGCUUCACAGUCUUACCAAGCUCUAUUUGCCUCAGAAUGCCAUUUCUGGGAAAAUUCCUGCCCAACUAAACGAGUGUACCAACCUCAUAGUUUUGAACCUGACAUGGAAUAAAAUGGUGGGAAUCAUACCGGAUCUUUCUGGACUUAAAAAAUUGGAGUUUCUUGAUUUGACAUUUAACUUCUUUUCAGGCAAGUUUCCGAGUUGGGUAGGGAACUUAACUGAACUGCGUUCUCUUGGUUUAGCGGAUAACAAUUAUGAUGAGGGUGAAAUUCCAGAGACUAUUGGGAAUUUGAAGAACUUGACUUGGCUAUUUCUGGCCAUGUCCAACCUGAGAGGACAGAUUCCGGCGUCUAUAUUUGAGCUUAAGGCCUUACAGACAUUGGAUAUUUCUCGGAACAAAAUUUCUGGGGAUUUCCCGCAGUCGAUUUCCAAAUUGAAAAAUCUUACCAAGAUUGAGCUGUUUAUGAACAAUUUGACUGGCGAGUUGCCACCAGGGAUAGCAGAUCUUACUCUCUUGCAAGAAAUUGAUAUCUCCGGGAAUCAAAUGCAGGGGACGUUACCGGAAGGGAUUGGAAACCUGAAGAAUUUGGUGGUCUUUCAAUGUUAUAAUAACAAAUAUUCUGGAGAGAUCCCAGCUGGGUUUGGAGAUAUGCGUCAUCUUAUUGGGUUCUCAAUCUAUAGAAACAAUUUUUCUGGGGAAUUUCCUGCGAAUUUUGGCCGAUUCUCACCAUUGGACAGUUUUGACAUAUCGGAGAAUCAAUUUACAGGUGACUUUCCCAGGUUCUUGUGUGAAAGCAGAAAGCUUAGGCUCUUACUGGCUCUUGAGAACAACUUUUCAGGGGAGUUUCCGGAUACGUAUGUUGACUGCAAAUCACUGGAAAGGUUCAGGAUCAACAAGAACGGUCUUUCUGGGAAGAUUCCGGAUGGACUAUGGGCGCUUCCAUAUGUCAGAAUGAUUGACUUUGGUGAUAAUGACUUUACUGGAGGGAUAUCCCCCAGCAUUGGAUUUUCCAUCAGCUUAAAUCAAUUGGUUUUGCGAAACAAUAGAUUUUCAAGUAACCUUCCAUCAGAACUUGGAAAGUUGACAAACUUAGAGAGGCUUCUUUUGAAUAACAAUAACUUCUCUGGCAAUCUACCUGCUGAGAUUGGUUCUUUGAAGCUGUUAUCCUCCUUGUAUCUUGAGCAAAACAGGCUAACUGGAUCAAUACCAGAGGAACUAGGUGAUUGUGUUAGGUUGGUGUACUUGAACCUUGCUGAUAAUGAUUUGAGUGGUAAUAUCCCGCAAACAGUUGCACUCAUGAGCUCUUUGAACUCUUUGAACCUUUCGGGAAACAAACUUAGUGGUUCAAUUCCAAAAAAUCUAGAAAAAUUGAAGCUAAGUUCCAUAGAUUUGUCUGCGAACCAGUUGUCAGGAAGUGUUCCUUAUGAUCUUUUGACCAUUGGUGGAGACAAAGCGUUUCUUGGGAAUAGAGAACUCUGUAUUGACCAAAAUGUUAAAAGCUUUAGGAAUGAUACUGUGCUAAAUGUCUGCAAGGAAAAGCAGGGACAGAAAAGGGUGCUCAGAGGUAAAUUGGUUUUUUUCAUCACCAUAGCAGUUGCUUUGCUUCUUGUUCUAGCUGGGCUAUUGCUUGUAAGUUACAAGAACUUCAAGCUUAGUGAAGCUGACACGGAAAACAGUUUAGAAGGUGAGAAGGGUGUAGAUCCAAAAUGGAAACUUGCAUCUUUUCACCAAAUGGAUAUUGAUGCAGAUGAAAUAUGUAAUCUGGACGAAGAGAAUCUGAUUGGAAGUGGCAGUACGGGAAGAGUUUAUCGCCUGGAUUUGAAGAAAAAGGGUGCUGUGGUUGCUGUAAAGCGACUAUGGAAAGGGGAUGGUCUGAAUGUUUUGGCAGCAGAGAUGGAAAUUUUGGGGAAAAUCAGGCACCGAAAUAUACUGAAGCUCUAUGCUUGUCUGAUGAAAGCAGGGUCGAGCUUUUUGGUGUUUGAGUACAUGGCAAAUGGUAACGUGUUUCAAGCUCUCCGCAGAGAGAAAAAGGGUGGGCAGCCAGAAUUGGACUGGUACCAGAGAUAUAAAAUUGCCUUAGGAGCUGCAAAGGGAAUUUCUUAUCUGCAUCAUGAUUGCUCCCCUCCUAUCAUUCAUAGGGAUAUAAAAUCGGGCAACAUUUUGCUCGAUGAGGAUUAUGAACCAAAAAUUGCUGAUUUUGGGGUUGCAAAGAUUGCAGAAAAAUCUCCCAAGGGAUCUGAGUACAGCUGUUUUGCUGGCACCCAUGGCUAUUUUGCUCCUGAGCUGGCAUAUACACCAAAAGUCACUGAGAAGAGUGAUGUCUAUAGCUUUGGGGUGGUGCUACUAGAAUUAGUGACUGGUAGAGGACCUGUCGAAGAGGAGUAUGGAGAAGGCAAAGAUAUCGUUUAUUGGGUGUUAACUCAUCUCAACAACCUUGAAAGUGUACUCAAGGUUCUUGACAAUGAAGUGGCCUCUGAAACUGUCCGAGAUGACAUGAUUAAAGUAUUGAAGGUUGGUAUCCUCUGCACAGCCAAGCUUCCAAGUUCGCGCCCUACUAUGAGAGAAGUGGUCAAGAUGCUUAUUGAUGCUGAACCUUGCACUUUCAUGUCUCCAGAUACCCAACCUGACAAAAUUGUUAAGGGUUUUCUCUAGUUAGUUUCUCUGUUUGUGCAACAUAUCUAUCAGGGUUCAAACUCUGAUGGAAAAAGUUCUAUUAAAUAUAUGAAAGUCUUGUAUUUACCACCAGGCUUUAGGUGUUCAACCAAGUUGAAGCUUUGAUACACUAGAUGGGGGUUCUAGAAAUCAUUUUGUCGGAAAGCCUAUAUAGCUUUUGUGCAUAAUUCAAACAUAUUUUUGAUUUAUGACU